AUGCCAGCCACACGCGUCACGGUAGCUCUCAACGCCAAACAAUCUCAGAAAGCUCCACUGCUCGUCCCCGCAUCUGCUUCUCCUGAUCCUUCUUCCGCGGCUUCGAUUCAGUCACUAGUUUUCAAAGCCGCUCAGUCUAAGCUUCGACUCAAGAAGCCCUCCCGCAUCUACGUUGGUGGAACGGGAGAGGAACUGAUCACCGAAGCGGAUUGGAAGAGCACAAUCCGCCGUGACGUUACGCUGCUCGUGUCUGCUGGGGAGGAAUAUGUUGGUGUGAAGAAGGAGUCGGUCACACCUGGUGAAGCAAACCCGGAAUGUGCCGUCCAUGUUCUCGCGGAGAAAGCGCACGUCGACGAACUUUCCGUCACCCAGCUCGCGACCGCCGCGCACACGUUACCAGGCAUUAUUCACGCUGUCGGCCAACCGGACUUACACCCCGGCAACAAGUUCCCGAUUGGGGCCGUCUUCGUGUCACGGAAAUGGGUACAUCCGCCCUUAAUCGGUGGAGACAUCGGCUGCGGCAUGGCGUGGUAUAAGACAACUCUAUCGCGAAACCAAGUCGACGGCGACAAAGGCAAGAGGAUUGCCGAGAAGCUCCGGGGCCUCGAGGGUCCCUGGCGCACACAGGCAGAUCGCGAAGCCUGGCUACAAGAUGCCGCCGGCAGUUGCUCUGCCGGGGAAGAGUGGGAUCAAGCUGUCGGUACUAUUGGUGCCGGGAACCACUUUGCGGAGAUCCAAGUUGUGGAGGAAUCAUGCACGUCUAUCGAUGGCGUCGGCCCUCACAAAGACGACGUCAUUCUGCUGGUGCACUCAGGAUCCAGAGGCUAUGGCGGCAGCAUCCUCAAGAAAUAUACGACUGAAUCGCACAUCAGCUUCGAAGAGGACAGCGAGCAGAUGAAAGCGUACAUGGAAGAGCAUGACAAGGCCUGCCGAUGGGCCAAGGCUAAUAGGGAUCUAAUCGCCUUACGUUUUCUUUCCUGUCUUGAGCCUGGCGAAGAGGCAUGGGAUUUAGGCCGAAACAUUCCAAACAGCGUAAAUCUUGACAGCGCUAUAUCCGGUGUCAGGGCGAAGAUGCUCCAACGGAAAGUGGUGGACAUCUGGCACAACAACGUGGAGCGGGUAAAGUGGCCUCCUUGCCCGCCAACUGGGUCGACAUCAGGUGCGGCCAAGAAGACAAGCACAGGAUUGAUUGAAGGCGGCGAAAGCUUCCAAGAUUACGUUUACGUGCAUCGCAAAGGAGCUGCACCGACGUACAAUGCCAGCACCAAUCUGCCACUGGAUAUCCUCCCCUUGCCCGGAUCGCGAGGCACCCCGACCUUGAUGCUCAAACCAGUCUUCUCCGCGGAGACUUGCUGGGGCCUCAAGAACGCCCUUUCGCUCGCGCAUGGUGCGGGCAGGAGCAUGUCAAGGGCAAAGGCACUCUCAUCACUUAGCCGGAAGUACCGGGAUCGGAAUCUGCUAGAGCCGUCCGGCGCAGAAGAUGGGACAUGGGUAGUCUGCGACGAGAAGGACCUCGUCUUCGAGGAGGCGCCCGAUGCAUAUAAGGACGUCCACGCCGUUGGUGAGGAUCUGGUGAGGGAAGGCGUGGCGGAGGUUGUGGGUUGGUGCAAGGCGCGGGUGAGCUAUAAGGUGAGGCAUGAGCGGCGUUGA